AUGUCGACAAUUUGCGAUGCAUGUCAGAAGAUCUUUCAGACAGGGAUCAGUCCUCUAGGUCUAGGACAAGCGCAACAGACUGGAGCAGGUGUCACAUACUCGGACAUCCGGCUACCCUUUGACACAAGAAAUUUUCCUCAUCAUCUAACAGUCGAUAGUCUAUUGGCCGCUACCCGAGAAGAAUGUUAUAUUUGCUUAAUUCUUUUAAAGUUCCUAUCAAACAAGUACGGCCUUACUGAGCUGCAGUCGCUCAAGUACAAAAAGUCUUUUACAACCUAUAAGCAUCAUGGAAAGAUCAACGCCGAGUCUCGACACCCAUUCCACUUUGAUAUUAGCGUACAUUACGAAACCGGCUAUGGAGUAUGGUUCAAGGCGCUUCCAGCCAGAGGAUUGACAUUUUCCCCAGAGCUCCAGGGUCUUCCACUCAACACUGGCUCAGAAAGAUCUUGGAAACAGUCUUUUGAAUGGAUUGAAGGGUGCAUCAAAUUUCACCGAAAAUGCAAUACAGUCGCAGAAUCCCCACUCUGGUAUCCGAGGCGUCUCAUUGAUCUUGGUUUGGGAGCUUCAGCGCACCUUCGUCUUAUUGAUACCGGUGCAACUCCUCCACUGGGUCAGUAUAUCACGCUGAGCUAUUGCUGGGGUUCCGCUGCAACAUUGAAGCUUACUAGCGAAACCUUGGGUGCAUUCUUAACACGCCUACCGGAGCCAGAACUGCCUAAAACUUUCAGAGACACCAUUGAGGUUACAACGCGUCUUGGGAUCCGCUAUCUCUGGAUCGAUUCCCUGUGCAUUGUCCAAGACUCGGCCGAGGACUGGAGAGCAGAAUCAUCUAUGAUGGGCCGCGUUUACAAAAAUGCUCUGUGCAACAUCGCCGCCAGUGCGUCAGCAGACUGCCAAGGAGGACUCUUCUUUGAUCGAGAUCCUCACAUGGUACGUCCCGCUGUCAUCGUAUCGCAGUGGAGUGACUGCCCUCCGUCCGCAUAUCAGAUCUCAAAAUUGCAUGUUUGGGAAGAUGGGGUUUCGGAUGCCGUCCUCAAUACCCGAGGCUGGGUUCUUCAAGAACGAUUCUUAGCUCCAAGGAUCAUUCACUUUUCCUCCGACCAAAUCUACUGGGAGUGUUUUGAACUCCAAGCUUGCGAGGCAUUCCCAAAAGGCUUGCCAUCCACGGUGCGCCGUCACGGCCUUACUCUUCCCAUGAAAGAGUUGGGUUUUAGCAAUGGUGGCAAAGAAUUGAGGCCUUUUUGGCAGCAGCCUCCUCUUCCAAUGUUUGACGGCUAUCGCGUGUGGAAGCAAGUCGUGGAGAUAUACACUUGCACCCAUCUAACCAAGUCAAAGGACAAGUUAGUUGCAAUUUCCGCACUUGCCAAAGAAGCGCGUCAAGCCCUGAAAGAUGACUAUCUUGCUGGGCUUUGGAGGCGGCAUCUCGGGUGGGAACUGGGAUGGCGGGUUUCCGAAGAAGACAGCCACACCAGACCAAGUGACUAUCGCUGUCCAUCUUGGUCUUGGGCGUCGGUUGAGGGAAAGGUCUAUGCCACAGAUUACGGAUCAGACGCGCAUCUCUUUCUUAAGGUUCUCGAAGCCCAAAUCACGCCGUUAGGCGACGACGACACUGGCGAGGUUGCUGAUGGGUUUGUUCGGCUACAAGGCCCCAUGUAUGCCGUGUUGUUGAUUCCCAAGAGCACUAUGGGCCAGCCCGAUGAUAGAUACGACGUGUACUUGUCCGACAGAACCACUGGCAGAGAGAUAUUGAGAAAGAUGUGCGUUGCAACCAGCCUCGACGUCGACAUGGCUGACACCACUAAUACGACAGAGAAGAAUUACUGCUUGCUGCAGUACUCCUCGGAUAUUGACAUCUGGUGCCAGAACGGAAACGACGAGGAAGACUAUUAUUUGAUGACGCUAUUACUCAAAUACGACGGUGUAAACAAGAAUUAUAGGCGCCAAGGAGUACUUCAGCUGAUGUCAUUCGAGUGGGGCCAGAGCUACCAUGUUGGUAGUUCACCAUCAACCCGAAGCCAGCGAGAAGUGGCUAAGGGUCAACAUCAGGCUUAUCGAAACGGGGUUCAGGAUCACAAUCGCGAUAGUGAUGGGGUUAAUCUAUCCAUUAGACGACAACCAGACGGAAGCCUUAUCCGACGCCUUCGGGAUCUCGAACGUUGCCAUUACAACCCUGAUAUUCCGUGCGAAGCUUAUGACGACGAGCUUGGAUAUAUGAUCACAAUUGUCUAA